GAUCUUUCAGACAAAGAUUCCUUUUUUGACAGUAAAACCAGGAGCUCAAUAGUUUAUGAAAUCCUAAAAAGGAUUAAAUGCAAGGCCAAGUACAGCAUGAGUAUCACCAGUCUCUUAGGUAGUGGUGUCUAUACAGCUGCUUAUCCUCUCCACGAUGGAGAUAUUGAUGAAGAAAGUGCAGAGCCAAAUGACAGAAAACUACUGUACGAGGAGUGGGCAAACUACAGUGUCUUCUACAAGUACCAGCCCAUUGGACUUGUGAGGAAGUACUUUGGAGAGAAGAUUGGACUGUACUUUGCCUGGUUGGGACUCUACACCCAGAUGCUGAUUGCUGCUUCCCUCGUGGGAGUCAUUGUUUUUCUGUAUGGAUGUGCAACAGUUGAUGACAAUAUUCCAAGCAUGGAGAUAUGCCACGAAAAAAACAACAUCACAAUGUGUCCUUUGUGUGAUAAAGUGUGCAGCUACUGGAAGCUGAGUUCUGCUUGUGGAACUGCAAGAGCCAGUCACUUAUUCGACAACCCAGCAACCGUAUUCUUCUCUAUAUUCAUGGCUCUUUGGGCUGCCAUGUUCAUGGAGCAUUGGAAGAGGAGGCAAAUGAGACUUAAUUAUGAAUGGGACCUGACUGGAUUUGAAGACGAGGAGUUCAGAGUGUACUCCAUCCAUCACCUAGUCAUCUUGAAGAGGAUGAAUGAAGAUGAAAAAAACUAUAUAGCAGCCUUGUGAAAAUGGACAGAUGAAACUUUGCAUUUUUUAUCUUGUACUUGUUUCCUUCUCUUCCACUGUUUAAACAAGAUAUGGAACAAUCCUUUUUCAAGUACUGUAUUUUCCGCCC